AACACUCCCUCUGCUCGCUCAUUCCCUCCUAAACAGCGCCAAUCAAAGAAAGUCUCCCAUCAUUUCCAUGGCGUACACAAACACUCUCUUCUCUUCUUAUUCGCUCAAUCCAGUCCAUCGAUCUUCGCUUUCUACCUUUGAUUGGACUGCUCAGAUUACUCCUCGUGUGCUCUCCAAUUCCUCAUGGAUCCGCUGCAACUUUCCGGGCCGUGGAAUCGCAAUCAAUCUGUCAAGAAACAUGAGCAUUUGGUGUGCUUCCAGUGAUGGUGCAAGUACUUUAGAUUCAACUUCGUUGAAGUCUGAACUAGAUGAUGAUUAUGUUCCAAUGCCAAUAGUUCUAAUAGAUCAAGAUUCAGAUUCUGAUGCAACAAUUGUACAGCUCAGCUUUGGAGAUCGUCUUGGAGCUCUUAUAGAUACGAUAAAGUCCUUGAAAGGUUUGGGAUUGGAUGUGUCAAAGGGAACUGUCGUCACUGAAGGAUCAGUCAAACAAACAAAAUUUUUCAUUAUGCGAUUAGAUACAGGACGCAAAGUUGAAGAUCCGGAUAUGUUGGAAAGAAUUCGUCUUACCAUUAUCAACAAUCUCUUGAAGUAUCAUCCUGAAUCUAGUGAGCAACUUGCUAUGGGUGAGGCUUUUGGAAUAAAAGCUCCAGAGAAAAAGCUUGAUGUUGACAUUGCAACUCAUGUACAUGUCAAGGAAGAUGGACCUAAAAGAAGCUUGCUUUGUAUCAAGACAGCGGAUCGGCCUGGACUGCUUGUAGAAAUCAUUAAAAUCAUUGCUGAUGUCAAUAUUGAUGUGGAAUCUGCAGAAAUUGAGACAGAAGGUUUGGUUGCCAAAGACAAGUUUCAUGUCAGCUACAGAGGGGCGGCAUUGAGCAGUUCAUUGUCGCAGGUACUGGUUAACUGUCUACGUUACUAUCUUCGACGACCAGAAACAGAUAUAGAUAGUUACUAAUACUCCGAGGAACUGCUUCAAAGUUGUAAGCCCAACGUAACGGUUCUUGUACCAUCUAUGAGCGGAAAUUCACCUGUUAAACCUGUAUGUUCCUAGGUUCUGGGUUCUAUGUCCUUGUUCUCUCGACAGAUUCAAGGCAAGUUCUAUGUCCUUAACCGCCCUUCGGAAUAACUUUUGAACAUUGGCCAACUCUUGGACGUUUACCCUAAGACAAAAACAUGUGAAAUGGAGCGACAUGGUUAAAUAUCUUGAAUGAGUUGUAUGUUUAUUUGCUUGAUUGGCGA